AGCAAAUUAAUAAAAACUUCAAUUUAAACAAGUCUAUGCAAUCUAACACAAAAGACACAUGCAUUGAACGAUUCCUAGUGUUUAUGUCUUUGUUUUUUGUUAUCAUAUUAUUUCCGAUUUCAUUGUUCACCGUUUUUGUGGCUGUAAGGCAGUUUGAACGUGCAAUAAUAUUGCGAAAUGGGAAGGUUCGAAAGAACAAAGCCUUUGGGCCUGGUCUCGUGUAUUUUCUACCAUGUGUGGAUACUGUAAAAUAUACUGAUCUUCGAAUCAUGUGUUAUGCUGUACCUCCGCAAGAAGCAUUAACAAAAGAUUCUUUGACUGUUUCUGUGGACGCGGUUGUGUAUUACAAAAUCUGGGAUCCAGUUUGGGCAGUUCUCAAUGUUGCUGAUUACAGAAUCGCAACACAAUUUCUAGCAGCUACAACACUUCGUAAUGCUCUUGGAAACAGGAAAUUGGCUGAAAUUUUGACUGAUAGACCGGCAGUGAGCAAUCAAGUAUUUCAACAAAUGAACAACCUAACAGGAGACUGGGGAGUCAAGAUCGUUAGGGUUGAAGUUAAAGAUAUUAGCCUGCCUCUUCAGUUGCAGAAAGCAAUGGCUACAGAAGCAGAGUCAUCAAGAUUAGCGAACGCAAAAAUUAUUGUAGCCAAAUCCGAAAUAGAAGCCACUAAGAACCUACAGAAAGCAACGAAAAUGUUAAUGGAUAAUCCAUUAUGCAUGCAGCUCAGAUAUUUACAAACUCUUCAAACGAUUUCUAGUGAAAAGACACAUACUAUCGUUAUGCCUUUUUCAUCAGAAAUUAUUUCGCGUCUUUUUAAAUAAAUUUGGGAACAUUCU